AUGGUGGACGGGUACACAAACACCGGGUUCAGUGGCCGCAGGUCUCGCCCGGGCAAGUCGCAUCUGACGGUGGAGAGCGGUGUAAAGAGCGUGCCUUUCCCCUCCGUACAUUCCUCCCUUCCUCUCUUGUACCUCUCCUAUCUUCCUCCCUUCCUCUCUUGUACCUCUCCUAUCUUCCUCCCUUCCUCUCUUGUACCUCUCCUAUCUUCCUCCCUUCCUCUCUUGUACCUCUCCUAUCUUCCUCCCUUCCUCUCUUGUACCUCUCCUAUCUUCCUCCCCUCCCUCCCCUUCAUCCUCCCUCCCUCCCAUCCUUACCGCCGCAUCCGAGUGCCUUUGUCCACUUCCAGGAUGCUCUCUCCCCCCUCUGUACCUUCGUCCACUCCGAGCCUUCUUUUACCUCUCCAAUUUUCCUCCACUGCCUACCCGCAGCCCGCCAUCCCUCCCUCACUCACUCACCGGCGCAUCAGAGUGCCUUUGUCCACUUCCAGGAUGCUAACUUCCCCCGACGGGUCGAUUCUAAUCCACGACCGCACGCCCUGCCCGCGCUUCUUCUUCGGCCCCAUCGGCGGAGGAGGCGGAGCCCCCGCUCCCCCGAACCCUCCGCCUACUCCUCCCGCUCCCCCUAACCCUCCGCCUCCGCCUCCCCGCAGGCCGUUGGUGACCGCGCUAGUUCCCGUUCCCCCCGAUGCUAUCGAGCCGGACGCGGACGAGGCGGAUCCUAGGUCCCUACUGGCGGCAGUGCCCGUAAAAUGCGGCGUGAGUAGCGGCGAGAGGCGCGGGGAUAAUGGCGCGGCAGAGGGAGCUGGAGCAGGUGGGGGUUUUCCGCCUAGGCGGAACUGGGCUUGCGGAGGACCGGGGAGAGCGGCGGAGAGCCCGCCAACUGGGGGAGGCUGCGGGGGGAUGAUUGUGGGUACGGGAGGUCUGCGCGGAGGAAGCAGUGGCUUCUUCAAAUCCGCCUUUAAAUCGGCCAUGGCGUUCAGGGUGCUCGACGUGAAUGGCGAUGGCAAAAUCUCCCCUCAAGAGCUGAGGCAGGUUCUGGAUCGCAUGGGGUGGGCGGACGAGUCGGCCAUGCAGGAGCUGAUGGCGAAGGCGGACACCAACGGCGACGGACUGAUUGACUUCGAGGAGUUCGUGCAUUCGUCGCUUAACCACGCGGGCGCGGGCGCACGUGACGGCGGGGCAGGCGGUAUUGUGGAGGAGGAGGCGGAGGAAGGGGAGGAGGACCUGCGCAAGGCAUUCGAGCUGUUCGACUGCGACGGCGACGGUAGCAUCACCGCUGAGGAGCUCCAGAAAGCCAUGCGCAUGCUGAGCGGCGACAAGCUGAGCAUGGAGGAGUGUCGCACGAUGAUUGCACGGGUGGACGUGAACAGAGACGGCCGCGUCAGUUUCUCGGAGUUCAAGGGCAUGAUGGACGGUGUGCUUCGCUGA